GAUGCUAUAAACAGUUGUUGUUUUUUUUCCUGCAGCACCAUGAGACUCUACCUCCUGCUCCUCACUAUACCUCUGUUGGAAGCCACACCAUUAUGGGAUGACACUCUGAAUUCUGAAUGGGAACAAUGGAAGAUCGCCUACCAGAAGCAAUACAAUGGACUGUUUGAUGAAUUAAUGAGACGUCAGAUUUGGGAGAAGAACUACAAACUAAUCGCUGUCCAUAAUGAAGAAUAUCUGCAAGGCAUGCACACCUACGAAAUGGCCAUGAAUCGCCUAGGAGACAUGACCAGUGAAGAGGUUGUGAAGACAAUGACAGGACUAAAAGUCCCACCAAAAGACAGGGUGAGGAACAUCACAGCUGAUGAUAAUGAUGAACCACUAAACCUCCCGGACUCCAUUGACUAUAGGAAGAAAGGUUACGUCACACCAGUCCGGAACCAGGGUUCAUGUGGGUCAUGCUGGGCUUUUAGCUCAGUGGGGGCUCUGGAGGGCCAGCUAAAGAAGAAAACAAAAAAACUAUUGGUUCUCAGUCCUCAGAACCUGGUAGACUGUGUGAAGAAGAAUGACGGAUGCGGAGGAGGCUACAUGACCAAUGCGUUUGAGUAUGUGAGGGACAAUAAAGGCAUUGACUUAGAAAAAGCCUAUCCUUAUGUUGGAGAGGACCAGACCUGUAACUACACCACAGCAGGCAGAGGUGCUAAAUGUAAAGCAUAUAAAGAAGUCCAGGUUGGCAGCGAGAAGGCCCUGAUGAAGGCAGUGGGCGUGGUUGGGCCCAUCUCAGUGGGUAUAGAUGCCGGUCUGUCCUCCUUUCAGUUUUACAGUAAAGGUGUAUAUUAUGACCCACAAUGUAGUCCGGAAGAUAUAAACCAUGCUGUGCUUGCUGUCGGCUACGGGGUGCAGAAGAAAUCCAAAUACUGGCUGAUUAAGAACAGCUGGGGCUUGGAGUGGGGUGAUAAAGGCUACAUCCUAAUGGCCAAAGACAAACAAAAUGCUUGCGGCAUUGCCAACCUCGCCAGCUACCCCCUUAUGUAACUGUCCUGUACACGACCUGUACUAGGAGGACAUGGCCGC